CACGGUGGGUCGGGCUGCCAGCCGUUGGGCACUUCCGGCGGUCUCGGGUUUCCUCCGACUCGGCAUUUAAAUAGAGCUGCAGGACAUCAGCUGCUGCUACUUUCAGCCCGUGCUGUUAUAGAAAAUAACCAGUAGUGCUAGCAAGACAGUCUGCUCUUAGUUUUAACUCGAAAACGACAGAAAUCUUUGUCCCUGAAGAUUGUUUGCUCUGGUUGUUGUGUUGUUUUUACCUUUUUGUUUUUGAGCAGAAGAGCGGGAGCGGCGGAACAAUAACGGCGCUUGCUCUCCUGACAGCCUGUCGGUGCAUCAUUUCUGGGAUUCCUCUGCUAGCCCUCGGACGAAAUUGAAUAGCUGUAAUGUGAUGUUGAGUCAGAGCAGAAUGAUUUAGGCUUUUCUCGGCAGCGUUUGUUUACUGAGGUAGACUGGGGGUAAACAUAAACAGGCUCUGCAGCAGAGGUGGCCUGGACUGGACUGGGAGGACCGAUGGACCCGAGAUGAUGAGAGUGCAUUUGAAUGAUCAGGUUUAAAUUCUGAUAGAUUUACGGAGCGCUUUGUUUUUAGGAUUGUUUUUGUUUUGUUUGUUUUUACGUUGUACAUAUCACCACAGUGUAAAGCCUAUAAAUAAUCAAAAUUGGCUUACUAUAUCAUCAAAAACCACAAGUGUCACCACCCAUUUAGUGCAGUAGGAUAGUGACUAACGUUAACCAUUGGACACUAAUAGUCCUGUAUUGUGUGUUUAAAAUAUAUUUCAGGACAAACAAAAUAUCUAUAUAUUUAUGCAGGCCUUAUUAAAACAUUUUCUUGAGUGUAAAUUUGCUUAUUGGUUUAACUUAGGUCCUGUUUUCGUUAUAGAUCAUUUAUUUUAUAUAGAUCAUUAAUUUUGGAAUAUUUCACUUAAAAUACAUUGAGGACACAUUUAGUAGCCUUUCAGGCCAGUGACAAACAGAGUAAGCUGGCAUAGAUUUCUAGCUGGUCAAUAAUUAGCAUUUUUGAUUAUCAUUACCUAUUUGGAGCAUUACUAAGUCUAAAUAUAAGUAACCAGCAGCGAUGUUCAGCUGGCUUGGAACCGAUGAUAGGAGGAAGAAGGAGCCGGAAGUCUUUCAGACAGUCAGUGAAGGAUUGAAGAAACUCUAUAAAACCAAGCUCCUGCCACUGGAGGAGAGCUACAAGUUUCAUGAGUUCCACUCUCCGGCACUGGAGGAUGCUGACUUUGACAACAAGCCCAUGGUCUUACUGGUGGGACAGUAUUCUACUGGCAAGACCAGCUUCAUACGCUACCUGUUGGAGCAGGAUUUUCCUGGCAUGCGGAUUGGCCCCGAACCCACCACAGAUUCCUUCAUCGCAGUGAUGCACGGCGACACAGAAGGAGUCAUCCCCGGCAAUGCUUUGGUGGUUGACCCCAAGAAGCCCUUCAGAAAGCUGAAUGCAUUUGGAAAUGCAUUUCUCAACAGGUUUGUGUGUGCUCAGCUUCCUAACCCUGUGCUGGAAAGCAUCAGCGUGAUCGACACGCCAGGAAUUUUGUCUGGAGAAAAGCAGAGAAUCAGUCGAGGCUAUGACUUUGCAGCUGUCCUGGAGUGGUUUGCAGAGCGAGUGGACAGGAUCAUUUUACUGUUUGAUGCUCACAAACUAGACAUCUCUGAUGAGUUCUCAGAGGUGAUAAAGGCCCUAAAGAACCAUGAGGACAAGAUCAGAGUUGUGCUUAACAAGGCCGACCAGAUAGAGACUCAGCAGCUGAUGAGAGUGUACGGUGCUCUGAUGUGGUCACUGGGGAAAAUAGUCAACACGCCUGAGGUGAUUCGCGUCUAUAUCGGUUCAUUUUGGUCCCACCCGCUGUUGAUUCCUGACAACAGGAAGCUGUUCGAGGCCGAGGAACAGGACUUAUUUAAGGACAUCCAGUCCUUACCGAGAAAUGCAGCACUUAGAAAACUCAAUGAUCUGAUAAAAAGGGCAAGACUAGCCAAGGUCCACGCUUAUAUCAUCAGUUCACUUAAAAAGGAAAUGCCUGCUGUGUUUGGGAAGGAGAACAAGAAGAAAGAGCUCAUCGGCAGCCUUGGAGAUAUCUACAAACGCAUCGAAAGAGAACAUCAGAUAUCACCUGGAGAUUUUCCUAAUCUGAAAAAGAUGCAGGACCAACUCCAAGCUCAGGAUCUCAACAAAUUCCAGCCUCUGAAACCUAAACUCUUGGAGGCGGUCGAUGACAUGUUAGCCAAUGACAUCGCCAGCUUAAUGGUCCUGGUCCGACAAGAGGAAACCCAGCGGCCCAACGCAGUAGUGAAGGGUGGUGCGUUCGACGGCACGUUGGACGGCCCAUUCGGUCACGGGUACGGCGAAGGAGCCGGCGAAGGCAUCGACGAAGCGGAGUGGGUCGUCGCUCGCGACAAACCUGCUUACGACGAGAUUUUCUACACGUUAUCUCCCGUCAACGGGAAGGUGACCGGAGCCAAUGCCAAGAAGGAGAUGGUCAAGUCAAAACUGCCCAAUACAGUGCUGGGCAAGAUCUGGAAGCUGGCAGAUAUCGAUAAGGACGGCAUGCUUGACGAUGAGGAGUUUGCUUUAGCCAAUCAUCUGAUAAAGGUGAAACUUGAGGGACAUGAACUACCAUCAGAGCUGCCUGCACACCUGGUGCCUCCUUCCAAGAGGAAAAUACCUGAAUAAAUGUAAUUCAGAUUACCCGUAAUGACCUACUCAGCCCUAGAACCCAUAGGUAGCCCCCUCCCACUUCCCCAGAGAAAAUGUUCUUUAAUAGAAAAGGAGUCAUCCUGUAGCAACAACAAGAACAAAAACAAAACAAUUUAACACAAGUAGAGCUCAUUUCAAGUCUUCUUCCGGUUCUGUUGCUGUCAUCGUCUGAUCUGUAGUCUUAAUUUCUUAAUUUAAGCGGCCAAUGCAUUCAAAUGUAUCUUCACGCGACUGAGACUGUUAGCAUACUGGCUGCAAGCUUUGAGUAACAAAGAAAAAUAAAAUACAAAGUGAGUUUACCUCUUCUUUAGGAUUAAACCUGUUAAUUUUAUAAAAUUAAAUAGCUUUUAUUAGCGUUUCAAGAAUGCAAACCAUGGCUUUCAGCUUUACAAAAGUAAAGCAGAAUACUUGUUGGAGUAGGACAGAUGUUAGACAUGUGCAAAAGAAGAAACACUGGAAUAUAAAGACAUAUAUGUACAUUCAACUAAACUACUGGAAAAAGGAGAAAUAUUGCAACAAUGUGAAUACAAAAAAGAAAAAAAGUCUUUUUCUGCUAAAUCUUUACUUUUGGUCAGACCGAUUUAUUAUUAUGAUGAUUAUCACUAUUCAGUGUACUCUAAGAAGUAAACCCAAAUUAAAUUGUUAUGUGUUUUUAAAUGUAAACCAGAAGAUUUUACAUUCCUUGUACUUUGAGAUAAUGCACACAUACAGACAACAGAAUGAAAACGACAUCCUAAAGAGGAACAGGCCUGCGUUUCGUAUUAAAUGUGACGUGCUGCUCGACCUUUUGCUUUGGACGAAGGAACCUGUAUGAUUCUCAUUAACACGUGCUGAUACUGAGAUUAUAAUAACAGACCAUAUUAUGGGUGUUGUUUGGAAACUAGCGCGCCAGCAUGCUCUGAAUAACCGCUUUGGUCGGACAUUGAAUUUUGAAUAGACACGCAUCUAUUGUUCUGUGUGGACACAUCCUGGUUAUUGUAUGUAUGUACAAUGGUAUCUGACCACAUGUUAUCAGUGUUAUUAUUUGUAGUAUAUACAGUAUAUAUUCAUAAGACAAACAUUAAAACUACUGAGGGUGGAAUAUGUCAGUGGGUUAUCAGCUGAAAACUGAUCAGUUAUUCUUCACCUUCUAAAAUAAUGUAGUAUAACCAAAAGUAAUAGUCUGAAAGCACCGUUUCUUUUUAUUGUGAUGACACUAAUUGACACAUUUAACAUUGUUCUUUGUGUUUUUGCUGGAAACUUCCCAUGCCACACAUUGAAAUUGUAUACAUGUAAUAAAUGUAAUUCUUUGCCAUGUUUCCGAUCCAUCACUCUAUUGACACACCAGUACCUGUGUGUGUGAGUGUGUGUGUAUGAAUAUAGCAUGUUAGGACCAUGUUCAUGUUUGUUAACAGAGGUUUUAUUGGGUUUAUCAUUAGAUAACUCAACUCAAAUAAGUAAAACUGGAUUCCCACAUGGCAACAAAAAUCUUAAGCAUGUCUUCAUCGAAAUAUUUCCAGCUCACGGCCGUUUUCUGACCCUCGUGCUUUACUGUGAAUCAGAUGCACAUAAGAAGACUUCCUGCAUUCCAUUAACUCGAGUUGGGAAAUCGCACAGGCAUUACCCCGUUACGGCUCAAGUUUCGGAGGUGUGCAAGAUCGGACUGUGGGGAAAAAAAAAAAGACUUGGAUGUGGAUUUUCGUCAAAUUGUUGUUUUCGGACCCUGUGUAAACACAUUAAGUGGAAACACUAGCGUUACGGUAUUUUGGCUGUUUUUCGGCUGGUGAUCCAUUACUUAAGUCUGUCCUUCACUGCUUUUCUGUCAAUGUAAACAGGCCGACAGUGUAAUAAAACUCAUGUGUAACAACUA